CAUUAUGGCGGUUAGCGGCACCACAUCAUGCAAAGGCUUGUCACGUAUGAUGUUUUAUUCACAGGCGACGACCCCCAAAGGAUCAAUGUUGUUGCGGUUGAAAAAACCCAGAGACGAUCUACGACAUAGGCGGUCCACUUCAGAAGAUAAAAACUCAACACAACUGAACUUUUCAGGGUCUAGGUAUUACUGGAAGGCAGGUUGAUGGGUUGUACUUUUUUAUAUAAACAAUUUAUUGCCCUGAUUCUAAUUUUUUAAAUAAUAACUUUCAAAAAUCAAACAUUUAAUUUUUCUUUAAUUAAUGUUGAUAAUAACUAAUAAACUAAUAAAAACAUUUUAAUUUUCCAUAAAAUUAGUGAUCAUGGGUAUUUUGCUUUAAAUUUUGAUUAUCAUUUCCAAACAUUGUAUUUUAUAAAGUACUUAAUAAAGAAAUAU